ACGAACUGCGCAUGCCACUCUCGAUUAGGCGCCACCUCUCGCAGAUUAGUGAUUCCGAGCUGUUCUUGCUGUUAGGGGUAUAGUUUGAUUUGUUCUUGCUCGGCUGAUCUUGUGAUUGGCUUGGCUAGUGCCAGCUCGUGAUCGAUCAAGGAGGCAGGCAAGCUCGAGCAUCGUCCGGCCGAUCCAUCAAUGCCUCCCAACGGGCAGGACGUGCACGGGAGCAGCGGGCUCACCGUGCCGGCCCCGACGGCGUCCUCCAAGAUGGACUGCUUCUUGACGACCGUCUGCACACCGCUCAAUCUCCAGUUCAUCGACGUCUCGUACCGCGUCAAGGUGGGGCUGUCAGCGGCAGCGAAGGCGCCGCCCGGCCGGAUAUCGCAUUCGGGUGGCGGUGGACCUGCGGGCGUCGCUUCAGCGGUGGAGGAGAGGACAAUACUCAAGGGGGUCACUGGCGAGGCGCGCCCGGGGGAGGUGCUCGCCGUUCUGGGCCCGUCCGGGAGCGGUAAGUCCACGCUGCUCUCCAUCCUCGGGGGCCGCCUUCCGGGGCGGCACGCAGGGACGGUCCUGGCGGGUGGCCGCCCGCCGUCACGCGGCGUGCAGCGGCGCACGGGCUUCGUGGCUCAGGACGACGUGUUGCACCCACACCUCACCGUUCGGGAGACGCUCGUCUUCUGCGCCAUGCUGCGCCUGCCGCGGGCCGCGACCGCCGCAGCCAAGGCCGCCGCCGCCGAGGCCGUCAUCGCCGAGCUGGGCCUCGCCGCUUGCGCCGACACCACCGUGGGCAACGCGUUCGUGCGCGGCGUGUCCGGCGGCGAGCGGAAGCGCGUCAGCAUCGGCCACGAGAUGCUCGUCAACCCGAGCCUGCUCAUCCUCGACGAGCCCACGUCCGGGCUCGACUCCACGGCGGCCGCGCGCCUCGUCGCCACGCUCUCGGCGCUGGCUCGCAAGGGCCGCACCGUGGUUCUGUCCGUGCACCAGCCGUCCAGCCGCGUGUACCGCAUGUUCGACUCGGUGCUGCUGCUCGCCGAGGGCAGCUGCCUCUACUACGGCGCCAGCCGUGACGCCAUGGACUACUUCGCCUCCGUCGGCUUCGCGCCGGGCUUCCACGUCAACCCGGCCGACUUCAUGCUCGACCUCGCAAAUGGCUUUGCUCAAUCAGAUUACAAUUGCGCAGCAGAAAGCGGCAACGUGAAGCAGUCGUUGAUCUCGUCUUACAACAAGGUGCUCGCCCCCAGGGUGAAGGCGUCCAUCAACGCCGGCGUCUCUGCGGAGCAUGCGCAGAACGGCAGUGGCGGCGAGCAGCUGCCGACGGAGAGCUGCAGCGGGUGCACGAGCUGGGGGAACCAGUUCGCGAUCCUGCUCCGGCGCAGCCUCAAGGAGCGGCGGCACGAGACGUUCACGUCGCUGCGCAUGUUCCAGAUCAUCGCGCCGGCGCUGGUGGCCGGUGCGAUGUGGUGGCGGUCGUCGCCGCUGGCGGUGCAGGACCGCCUGGGCCUGCUCUUCUUCGUGUCCAUCUUCUGGGGCGUCUUCGCGUCCUUCAACGCCGUGUUCACGUUCCCGCAGGAGCGGCCCGUUCUGGCCCGGGAGCGCGCGUCGGGCAUGUACGCGCUGUCGUCCUACUUCAUGUCGCGCAUGGCCGGCGACCUGCCCAUGGAGCUGGCGCUGCCCACGGCGUUCACGGUGGUCGUGUACCUCAUGGCCGGGCUGAACCCGACGCCCGCCGCGUUCGCGCUCACCAUGGCGGUGAUCCUGUCGUACGUGCUGGUCGCCGAGGGGCUCGGGCUCGCCGUGGGCGCCGUGAUGAUGGACGCAAAGCGCGCAUCGACGCUGGUGACGGUGAUCAUGCUGGCGUACCUCCUCACCGGCGGGUUCUACGUGCACAACGUGCCGGGGUUCAUGGUGUGGGCCAAGUACACCUCCUUCACCUACUACUGCUACCGCUUGCUCAUCUCCGUGCAGUACGGCGGGAACCUGAGCCGGCUGCUCCCGGCGGAGGUCGUGGAAGGCGAGGCCGGGCCGGGGGCCUGCGUCGCCGCGCUCGUCGCCAUGUUCUUCGGCUACCGGCUGCUGGCAUACCUCGCGCUGCGCCGCGUCAGGACGUGAUCACCGCGCGCGCCCUGCCCCGGUGCACGUCAGUUAGCUAGCUAGCUAGGUGUCCAUUAACUACUCCGGCCGGCCGGUAUAAUGAAAGGCUCCGACGCGCGAACGGUGAAGUGAUCCGUGGCGCCGGCGAGCGAGCGGGGGCGUCGGAGGAGAUGACUCGAUCCGAUGACGCGGUUGUUGUUGGCGUGGCGAUCGACGAGGUCGUUUUCUUCUCUUGCGAUUUUCUUUUCUUCCCUAAAUUUGGUGGUCUCUGCUCGACCGAUCGCGAUGCCUUCUCCCAAGUGUUCCAUUAAGAUCCUGGGGUGUAAGAGUUGUGAGAGCUGAUUUGGGUAUCUUGGUCCGAUUAUUAUGUGAUUGAUUAAAAUUGAAAUGAAUGUAUUAAGCCGAUUCCAAGAA